AUGUCGGCCACACGAGACCAGCGAGCCGCACCGGCUCCGGCACCGACCACGUCCCAGACGCAGACGCAGACGCAGACGCAGACGGAGACGGGAACCCGACGCAUCCUACGUCUCCGCGGCGGCCGCAAUGCAAACGGGCGAUCCGUACAGUGGGCCCAGGAUGUAGUCGACAACGAGGGCCUGGGCAGGAAGAGCUCCAAGGUCUGCUGUAUAUACCACCAGCCGAAAGGCGUAGACGAAUCCAGCGACGAGUCGUCGUCGUCGUCUUCUUCUUCUUCUUCUUCUUCUUCCUCGUCGUCGGACUCCGACACCGACUCGGAGCCGGAAAGCAGCAGGGGAGACGGCAACAAGGUUCCUGCGUGCGGUGGCCACUCGCACGGUGGCCGGGGGACGAGGACGCCGGGCGGCGGGCGCAAGCAGAAGAAGAGGCCGCCGAGCCCAAAUGCGUACGAGAAGGUGCCGAAACAGAAGCCCCGCGAGGGGUCCAAGUAG